UUUGGGGGGGUAGGAAUAAUAUGUGACAGCUAUGUUUCAUUAUGUAAACAAAAACAGUAGCAGGGCAUUUUUUUAGUUUAAUCAAUGGCUACCAUGUUUGUCACAGCAGGACCAAAACAGUGUUUUGUUAUUUCCUGGUCUACAGGCUGGUGAUAAGGUCAGUGAAUAGGCUUUGUGUAUCACAUCAUUCAUAAAUGUUAGGCUAUUUCUGAAAACGGAGAUAGCACUGCUUUCCCAAAGUAACCAGACUAGUGUUGAAGAACAGCACCUGAACCUUUCAGGUGAGUGUUACCUACAAAGUAGGCUAUUGAUGGGAACUUAGAUCUAAAAACAACAUCCCUGGUGAUUGGAUCAUUGAUCGCCUUUCAUUGGCUGGCUUGGCUGUCAGUCAGGGGCUGCACUUGCUGGUUCGUUUAAACCCAUGAAUUACGCAGCGCGACUUAUCUUGGUUUAGUCUCCAGCCUGUUGGACUGUGUCGCAGCGUCCCCGGAGGGGCUGACGGAGUAUCUGUUGGAAUACAACUCCACUCCGAGCAGCAGCUCCAGCAUCCCUCAGCACCGGCGAGGCGCGAUCACACGGAGGAAAUAAACGCGUAAAUGGAGUUUCAAUCGUCGUCGUGACUGUUCUCCACCGCCUCUCAAUCUGCAGAAGAUCCUGCGUUGAAGUCGCAGCAGCAUCCACACCACCGCGGCUCUCUCCCUCAGCAGACAUGGGAACCGUCCUCUCUAUAUCUCCCGCGUCCAAGAAGGCUUCUAUUAUGGACGGUGAAGUCGCGGGAGAUGGACUCAAAAACGACAAAAGCCUGAAACGGCACUCGAUGUUUGUCUCUCUGUCCUGGAGGAAGCUGGUUUCCAAUUCGGCCAAGAAGAGUGCCAAGAAAGUGACCCCGAACCCGCUACCCACCCGCGAGCUCCCGUCCAGCCAGGUGGCUCAGCUCAACAGCGAAAACAUCAGGAAAACCCACCAAACCGAAGAGAAGAAACCCAAAGCGCCCAUCCCGGUCCCGGUGCCCACGGUGCCCAAGCAAAACAACGAGGCUGUCGUCCAAAACGGGAGGCUCUCCUCGGUCCAGAAGCAACCCAGCAGCCUUUCCCUGGUGUCGCCCAGGCGGAUAGUGAUCCAGGCUUCAACAGGAGAGCUGCUGCGCUGCUUGGGGGACUUCAUGUGCCGCAGGUGUUUCAAACUGAAAGAGCUGAACAGCGGAGAGGUGAUCCUCUGGUUCCGAAACAUCGACCGGACUCUUUUGCUCCAGGGCUGGCAGGACCAAGGCUUCAUCACGCCGGCCAACGUGGUGUUCGUGUACCUGUUGUGCGAAGACACCAUAGCGGACAGCGUCGACAGCCCGGCCGAGCUGCAGGGCACCUUUCAGACUUGCCUCUACCUCGCCUACUCCUACAUGGGCAACGAGAUCUCCUACCCGCUCAAGCCCUUCAUGAUCGAGUCGAACAAGGACGUUUUCUGGGAGACCUCUCUCCGGAUCAUCAACAGGAUGAGUGCCAAAAUGCUGCAGCUGAACGCAGACCCGCACUUUUUCACCGAGGUCUUCCAGGAUCUCAAAAACCAACGAGACACCAGCGACUCAAACCUGGACCGCUGACAUGGAAACGGACAAGACACUGGUGUUUUAUUAUUAAGAUGAAUGUUUUGCAAAGUCACAUGACGGUGAUUUUGAAUGAAAGGGCCAACGUUGAAGGCUCCCCACCUGUGGGCUGAAUAUCUCUCUCAUGAUCAACAACUUCAGUAUGGUGUUUAGGCUACAAUGUAGGAGAUUUCAUAAAUGCAUGCCAAUGGUAUAUUGUCCUCUUUUGUCUUGUCCCUCGAGUGACACAGGGAUCGAGCUCGUGGUGUAAAUCACAUUGUUAGUGACACUCAAACCCCCGAUUCAUUCAUGAUUAGCCUACUUUCCGGGUAAGAGUAGGUGUCGCAGUGAGGUGAGGUUCCAGGCAGGACCAGAAUAGAUCUGUGUUUGUGAGGAGGCGGAGCUGUCCGAGGUGCUGACCUGUGCAGCCAUUACCCCCCCACCCCCACCCCCCCUCUACUUGAAUCACUUUUCCACAACAGAGCCAAGUGUGGCUUAGAGGACCAGAGUCAGCCCAGUAUAAUUUCAGCACAUAAGCCUAAGCUUUGUAAGCAGUGGUAUAUAGUAUAUUGUGCUUUUUAAAUUCUCAGCCACCUGAUGGUUAAGUUGUUAGACAAGCAACAGACAUCAGGGGCAUGUUUUUUAAAGGGAACAAACACAUUACUUGGUGUAAGUGUAGAUAUUUCUCUAUGGGCAAAUAUCUCUAUCUCUAUGGGCAGCAUUGGUUAAAAGCUUGUUUCUAUCUGCAAACCUUGACUAUAUGUUAAAAGGUCCCUCCUGCAGAAAAGCAACAUGCUAAAGCCUUUGUAUGGCUAUUUUAAUACCAGGUUGGAAUAUAACUGUUUUUAUCUCUUCUUGUGUGAUUUAAAAAAAAAAAAACAAUAAAUUUGUCAUGACAACAAUCUAGCUUUGAAUUAGAAUAACUUGUUUUUUGCCUACCAGUGUGAUACUGUAGAACUGUACCUGCAAGUGGGCCAUUGGUUCAAGUUGAACAUGAGGGGAAAUUUGUGAAGGGAGUCUUUAUCCCCCACUAGAAUGUGAUAAACUGCACUAAAUGGUCCCAUCGACGGCCAUACAGCAACAUUAUCAACCCGAGGCCUCUGUUCUGUAUUGCUUUUCAAUACAUGUUGGCUGCUGUGAUGUAUUGCUUUGCAACAUAUUGCAGAGGUCAACUACAGACUGAAUGGACUGAAUGUACAGUUUUUUAAGAGAUUUUUUUUUUUUUUUUCAAAAUCUCACACGUGCCAACUUUAAAAUUCUCUUGGCCUGAAACUAUAUGGUUUACAUGUAUAUAUCCCACAUGUUAAAUCUGCUGUUUCUUCUAUUUUCCUCUGCCUGUUUGAAAGGUCACUGCAUAUGACGUAGUUGAAGCAUUACAAAAACAAACAGAGCUUAAUGGUCAAAUGGUGUUUUUGCCCUGUUUUUUUUUUUUUUUUUUCAAAUGUGCUGUGAGCCUCAGUUUGCUGGAUUCAAUUCAUUUUCAGUUCCUACAGUUCCGGAUGUUUCCUCAUCAUGUAAAUACCGAGUGUGAACAUCUCAUCAAUAAGCGACAGAACACGAUCAUUUGCACACGUGUCAUUGCAGUUUCUAUAAGCUAAAAGUGAUUUGACUCCAACGCUGAAACCAAACUUAUGGGGCAAAUGUGACAGUUAGUAUUCAGUAUUAGGAUCGGUCUAAGUGAUCAUUGUGAUGUUGUGCUGUAAACUCAUUGUUUGGAAAGUUGAAUAUAAUGCUGCUAUUUUUGCACAGCUGUGAACAAACCUUUGAUGUUUUGCACAGUGGUAUAACACAGUGGUGUUUCCCUUCAGGCGCUGGAGUGUUUGCCAUAAAGUUUGCAGUUACUGUCACCAAGUCUCGCUCUAGGAUGGUCAUCUGUGAAUUAGAUCUUUUGUAUAGCUCUUUUUUUUCUUUUUUUUUUUUCCUAUAUGUCAGCUAUGGAAAGUAAUAUUUUAGAUGUGUAUGUUGUCUGUGGUGUUUGCACCGCAGUUGCAUUCACUCUCUCUACAUGUUAAUAAAAGGUCAGUGCAGUGAUUGUUCAUGGUGACCAUGAUGAAAUAAAUCCAAACUUAUGUAAGA